AUGGCGGCCCCCUUGGAGCUCAGUUGCUGGGGAGGCGGCUGGGGGCUUCCAUCGGUGCACAGCGAGUCCCUGGUGGUAAUGGCUUAUGCCAAAUUUUCUGGUGCACCCUUGAAAGUCAAUGUCAUCGAUAAUACCUGGAGAGGUUCAAGAGGUGAUGUACCAAUUUUGACAACUGAAGACAAUAUUGUUUCUCAGCCGGCAAAAAUACUAAACUUUUUAAGAAAACAGAAAUAUAAUGCUGAUUAUGAACUCUCUGCAAAACAAGGGGCUGAUACACUGGCUUACAUUGCUCUUCUUGAAGAGAAGCUGCUCCCUGCCAUGCUUCACACAUUCUGGGUUGAAAGUGACAAUUACUUUACUGUGACAAAACCAUGGUUUGCCUCACGAAUCCCUUUCCCCUUGAGUUUGAUCCUGCCUGGAAGAAUGUCAAAAGGAGCACUGAAUAGGAUCCUCUUAACCAGAGGAGAGCCUCCUCUCUACCACCUCCGAGAAGUGGAAGCACAGAUAUACAGAGAUGCCAAGGAGUGCUUAAAUCUUCUGUCAAAGAGAUUGGGAACAUCUCAGUUUUUCUUUGGAGAUACGCCUUCUACCUUGGAUGCCUAUGUAUUUGGUUUCCUUGCACCUCUUUACAAAGUGCACUUUCCUAAAGUUCAGUUGCAAGAACAUUUGAAACAGCUUUCCAAUCUGUGUCGCUUUUGUGAUGACAUCCUAAGCAGUUAUUUUAGGCUUAGCCUUACAGGCAUCUCUCCAGCUGGACAAGAUACAGUAGAUGCAAAUCUGCAGAAACUCACACAGCUUGUAAAUAAGGAAUCCAACUUGAUUGAAAAGAUGGAUGACAAUCUUCGCCAAAGCCCUCAGCUUCCUCCUCGUAAGCUGCCAACACUCAGAUUGACUCCAGCAGAGGAAGAAAGUCAUUCCUUACAACGGCUCUCACCCUGA